CUGAGGUGGACAAUGAAGUUAUGGGAUAGUUUGAUCACUUGUUUGAUUCUGCUCAGCGCCUUGCGCGUCAGCCCACUGCCUCGGGGCGCACAGCGGUCACCGCAAGGACCCGUCACCGUAAGGAGGAGAGGGCGCGUCGUCGAGAGUCCACUGGAGCCUCCGCCGGUCCAGAAUCGUAUGUCGGUUCAUGCUGGGGGACUCAGUCAAAGUGAGGUCGAAUCUGUAGACUGGGAUGAGAGACUGGCUCCUGGAGAAACAUAUUUCACAGAGGGGCCUCACCCCACUGACUAUGAAGACAUGGUGGACUUCAUCAAAGUGACCAUCAGCAGGAUACGUCGCUCCUCUGUGUCCACUGUCUCCUCAUCUACCUCGUCCUCCAUCAUCUCCUCCCCCAUCAGAGAAAACUUGAGCAACAUCAGCAAUCACAGAAGGGAGAAAAAGAGCGGGGUAAACCCGGAGACUGGUAACAGAGGGAGACGAAGAGGAGCAAGAGAUGGGUUGAUGGGCCGGAGAUUCAGAGGAGGAGGGCGGGGACAGGGCUGUGUGCUCAAACAAAUUAACCUCAAUGUGUCGGACCUGGGUCUAGGCUAUCGCUCUGGUGAAGAAAUGAUAUUCAGGUACUGCUCUGGGCCCUGCAGGAAGUCUGAGACCAACUAUGACAAAAUCCUCUACACGCUCGCUCACAACAGGAGGCUGUCUUCCAGAGACACACCCCCUCAGGCCUGCUGUCGGCCAAUAGCAUUUGACGAUGACCUUUCGUUUCUGGACGACAACCUUGUUUACCACACAGUGAAGAGGCACUCUGCCAGGAAGUGUGGCUGUGUUUAAGGACCACGGACUGCUGCAAGGUGUAACUUUUAAUGUUUUGUAUCUUCCUUAGAUUUUCACAUUCCAAAGAACCAUGUACAACCACAGUUCAUCAGUAAAUUUUUUUUUUCAAAAAAAGAAGAAAAGAUACCAUCACCUUAGUUCCAGAAAGCUACGACUUGAAUUUAGCCACUUUCUCUGCCUCUUAAACCCAGUUACAGUUUCUGCAAUUUCUUCAUUGAAAGCCGUUAUCCUUUAUCCUAAUUAAAAGUCCAAAACCAACGAUCCUUGAAAACUCAGUGAGUUAUUCAGCAGACUCAUACACAUACAGGCACAUGCACAUACAGUAUGUUACCAGGACACAAACAAAAUAUUUAUAAAAUGUUCAAUGUCUUAACUUAUUGAUAUAUAUUUAUUUAUAUAAAAAGAAACUGUGUUAUUUAUUAUUAGUCUGUGAUAAUUUGUUGUCUUUCAAACUUUUAA